GCCGUCGGAGCCGCUCGGGCCGCCCAGGCGCGGGGCCGGGGAGGAGCCCAUUGGCCGCGAGAGCUGCCGCUCAGGGCCGGGGGGAGGGGCGGAGCGCCGGGUCUGCCGCUGCUCUCCUUUGUGCUGUCGUCGGGGAAGGGGCGCCGCGCCGGGCAGGACUGGAUUUGAGUGGCAGCCAUGCCUUCGGACGAGACCCCUCUGCCUGGCCUCCUGCCAAAGCCGGGGAAGGAGGAGCCCACUCCGGCCAGGUCCCUGAAGGCAGAGAGCCCCCUCUCCAAGGGCCAUGCGGGGCAGUCUGCCAGGAAGGCAGGCGGUGGGGGGGCUGCCUGGAAGUCCCGCCACCCAGCCAGCGAAGGGGAGAAGGACUCUGGAUUUUCAGAUGUGAGUUCGGAGUACCUGAGCAACGUGGAGCAGACGGACACGGAGGAGCAGCCUGCUUGCCCGCUGCGCCGACCGGCAAGGUUGCAGCGGGUGCCUCCGAAGGCCUCGGCGGGGCUCCCUGGCAGCGCCUUCACGGGCAUCACUCCUCUUUACAUUGUCAAAAACGUUCUCCUCAAACAGCCCCUGGGAGCCUCCCCCACCACCCAGCUCCUGGCCUGGAGCAGCCAGCACCCGCUUGACGGCAGCCAGGGCUCCCCUGCCCGCGUCCUCUUCAUCCAGCAGCCAGUGGCCGCCUUGAAGCCGCUGCUCCCUGGCCGGAAGGCUCCUGCCAAGGACACCUCCCUGCCCGUCCUCAGCGCCUACCCCAGAAUUGCUCCCCAUCCGGGCCGUGACCCCAAGGCCCCCCUGCCAGGAGGCGCCAGCCAGAACAAGCGGUUCUGUCUCGAAGAGACCUGGGUAUCCUCUUCUGAGCCUGCGGCACCCACAGGAGGCAGGGAGCCCCCGCCGCUGCUCUGCCCGCCGGCAGGCCUGGGGGCCCUCUCCCAGGACACGGUGACUUCCUCCACCAGCCCUGCCCUGCCCGGCUUGGACCCGGCGGAGGGGCGGAUGAUCUCCAGGGCCUGCAAGAAGCUGGGCUGCAGCAGCGUGGGCAAGCAGCGGCGCUUCCACAACACGGUGGAGAUCCUGAGGAAGUCGGGGCUGCUGAGCAUCACCCUGAGGACCAAGGAGCUGAUCCGGCAGAGCAGCAGCACCCAGCGGGAGCUGGCCGAGCUGCGGGAACAUGCCCAGCUCUUGUGCGAGGCCGUCCAGAGCAACGACCCCCAGGCCUGGGCCCGCCUCCAGGAGGCCAUGAGCCGCUCCGCCGCCUACUGGGCCAGCAAGGGGGCCGGCUCUUGCGCACCGCGGGGGAGGCAGGGGGCGGGGGCAGCUGAGGGGGUGGGCCCUUCUGCGGAUGCUGCCGGAGAGUCCCCGCCCAGCUCGCCCAUGAACUUGUCCCUCGCGCCCGAUGCUCUGGUGCCCGUGGCACUGCCUUAGUGCCCCCAGCCCCAAGGGUGUUCUCGGAAAAGAGGCCUCUUUGGAGGGAUCCGUCUCUGGCCACCGAGCCCUUGCCUCCCUCUGUGUGGUGGAGGAGCCUGCAGGGAGGGCUGGGCUAGGUUUGCCACCCACUGGGGGCCCCGCUGUGUGCCUGUGGGCACACCUGGGCUUGCCUCCUCUCAGUGUGGAGGUUCGGGCUGGGCUCUGCUGUUCCGGGCUGCGCUUUAGAUAGUCUGGGAGCUGGGGGCAUUGUGUGUGUGUGUGUGUAUGUGUGUGUGUGUAGAGGUAGAAGGGGCAACGGGGUCGCGGGCAAGAUGGGGAAAGAGAGGUGUGGAACAAGAAGACGCUUUUCUCUCCACUUAUCAAUAAUAUCUCCCACGUUCCCUCCGCGGAACUCAGGGUGGUGAAUGUUUGAUCUUUGUACCAGCUGGCCCCGAGAGAGAAUGCCUGAGGCCAUCCAGACCCAGGUCUCCUUGGCCAGUGCCCUGUCCAUUUAGUGGCCUCGACUGUCAAGUAGUCCCUUCCCCUGAACAGAUGCUGCCCAGCUGCAGCCCCCAUUCACUGGUUUUGAGAGAAGCGUAGCAUCGUGGUGCCCUGGCCAAAGCAUCUGGUGAAGGAUGAGAUUCCUGCCUAACUGGAAAGCUUGCCUGUUCUUCCACCGACAGAAGAUGGGCCAACAAUAUCUGUAUCUCUAUGGACAAAACUCUGGUGAAUGGCCCACCUCUUCUCGUUGCUGUGUUUGGCGACUUGGACAAGCCUGGGUGGGACUAACUGGCUACUGGGUUUCAAGACGGACCCUGCUGUAAAAGAGCCACACGCAAAAAAGGCAUCUUCUCUGUCUGAAGCUUCCCUGUUCCUGAAGUGCUGUUGGCUCCUGCGGCCUUUCGGUCCAGAACCAAACUGGUCCCUGCCCUCUUAUCUGUGGGUUUGGGGUGACAUUCUUUGCUGUGGACAGAUUUGUUUUUAAAAUAAAUAAAAAUAUUCCUGA